CCCCCCCCCCCCCCGCAGCGGACCCUUUUUGUCCCUCGGCGGCUCCCGUCGCGGCCCCGGAAGUGGCGGCGGCGGCGGCGGGGCCCGGCCAUGGAGCCCUGGGUGCGCUUCAGCGCCCAGAGCCAGGCCCGGGAGCGGCUCCUCAGGGCGGCUCAGUACGGCUGCGCCCUGGCGGGGGCCGCGCUGCAGAGGAACGGGGCGAGCGCCGAGGUCGUGGCCCGCGUGCGGCAGCUGGAGGCGCACCUCAGCCUGGGCCGCAAGCUGCUGCGCCUGGGCGGCUCGGCCGACGCGCUGGAGGCGGCGAAGCGAGCCAUCCACCUGUCGGACGCGGUGCUGCGCUUCUGCCUCACGCUCAGCCACCUCAACAGGGCCAUGUACCUGGCCUGCGACAACGUCCUCUGGGCCGGCAAGGCCGGCUUGGCCCCCGCCGUGGACCAGGAGAAGUGGAGCCAGAGGUCCUUCAGGUAUUACCUCUUCGCCCUGAUCGUCAACCUGAGCCGGGACGCCUACGAGAUCCGGGCGCUGAUGGAGCGCGAGGCGGGCGGGCAGCGGGCGAAAGGCGCCGAGGCCGGGCGGCAGCAGCGGCGCCGCGCCGAGGCCGGGCUCCAGCAGCUGGGGCUGAGGCUCCAGCUCGAGCUGCGGCUGCUGCUCCGCGUCCUUCGGAGCAACCCCCCGCUGCUGCUGGACGUGCUGAAGAACGCCUGCGACCUCUUCAUCCCCCUGGACAAGCUGGGGCUCUACAGGAGCAGCCCGGCCUUCGUGGGGCUGUGCGGCCUCGCCUCCUCCGUCCUCUCCAUCCUCACCAUCCUGCACCCCUGGCUCAAGCUGAAGCCGUAGCCGCGCUCGGGGCCCGCUGCAGGGCUCCCUGGCUCAGAACCAGCCCGGGCAGAGAGCGGGGGACGUAUGGGGGUGCUGGGUCCGGCCGCGCGUUCGCCGAGGGGCAGAGCAGCUCGGGGCAGGCUGAAGGAGCUCGCGCCGCGCCCGAGUCCCCGGGGACCUGCUGGUGCUGCCUCGCCUCGGCUCCCCGCGAGGAGCUCACCGAAAUUCGGCUCUUCUCCCCGUCCACGGCAGAGCUCGCCGGGCUGCUUUGGGAGUUUAACAUCUCCCAACCCCCCCCCCCUCUUCAGGGGGCUCCCUGGGCUCUCUUCUCCUGGAGCCGCUGCCUGGGAACCGUUUGCUGCCGCCCUGCUGGGGCUGGAGCCGGCCGCCGGGCUCUUCUCCGGGCUGCGGGGGGGGGUUUAAACCGCGGGGUGGGGUGGGUCUGGUGCCGCCCGGGGCCCGUUUUGACGUUUUAUUUUCCUUUUAAGAAACCUCAGCCUGGCUGCGGGCGCGGAGGGGGAGUUGGAAGGACCCGGGCUGCUGAGCUGAGCCGGGGUGAGUGCGGGGCGGUGCCGGCGGAUCCGAGGUGAGCCCACCGGGUGGGGGGGGGUGGGGGGCUUUGCCCCCCAAAAAAGAGGAGAUUUCCUCUCCUGCUCCUUUCCCGCAGCCCCAGCGGGGGAAGAAGCGGCUGCAGCGAGCAGAUCGCCGCCCCGCGGGGGUUCCCUGGGCUCAUCCUGGCUUUAAAGAGUGCUUUGAUUUUA